UACAGGGAUGAUGAUUGAACGUUCUGUGUUUCCCAAGUUACGUUUCUCUGCUCGUUCCUGUCACACCUAACAAGUCAGCCUGUCAUGAAACUGCUGUAAAUCUGCUGUAAUGACACUACACAAUCAGCGUAUUUUUAACUUCAGCUAAUGAAAACGAAUGUUUCAUCAGAGAUGGACAAUGCCAGUGGGAAACAAUCUUUGCCUUGGAAUGCUCUCAAAACAUGGUACACAAAAUCAGCUAAACUAGCCGUGGCAGUUGCCAUCAUUAAAAGCAAACCACCAGGGAGAAGUGGUAGACAGUAUGCUGAGCAAUUGGCUGCCAGGUUCAACCAUCUUGAGCAGUCUUGGAAAACCAAUGCAGAGGGCCUACAAGAGGAGGUUUUGCGACUUCGUCAGGAACUUCUCCUAUCCAAGAUGCUAUCGAAGCCCAGCAAGAACAAUGGACAUGGUGAUGGUUUAAUGGAGGUACUCUCCCAGGAUCUCAUUCCCUCCUCGGGACCCCAGUUGUCAGGGACUGAACAAAUGAGCACGGAGCCUGACUCAGGCUGUGGCACAGAGAAUAACACUGAGUCACUCCUGCAAACCUGGAGUGUGGAGAAGGGCCAGACGGAGACAUCCUCAUCCUCAUCCAUCCCCACCCACCCCAGGCAGCCCCAUUUCCCCCAGCUGAGCACAGACCCACGGGAGAGUGCCCUGCUCUCCCACAUGCAAUUUCUGCAGAACCUCUGUGGCCUGCGUAACGUGGAUGCCCGUGGGCUCUCUCUGGAUGGCCACGGCUCCGUGGUCUGGGACUCUGUGUGCCAGCUGCUCGGCUCCCUGGCGCCAGCCUCCAGGGACGACCCGUGCCACGUCCAGCAGGCUUUGCUUCUUCAGGCUUCACAGGUGGUGGUGCAGGCUGUGGAGGAGUGGCGGGCCCACUGUAAACCGCCUGGGCCAUUCCUCAGCCAAGCAGAGGACUGUCUGAAGAAACUGACCGACCACCUGUUGAGUAAUAGUAAACUCAAUAGGUUCCCAUGGCAGGAGUGUCUGUCAGACUGCCUGAUCAGACUCGGGGGCAGCGCCACGCUCAGACCUGCCCUCCUACGCCUGCUCCUCGCCCACAUCAACCACCUGGCCGAUCACCUGUGGCACACCUGCCAGGAGACGGCCAGCACGAGUGUGGCACCGUUGGAGGUGGAACGCUACGAGAACUCCUUCUACCUCUUCUGGGUCCUAGAGCAGGUCCUGCGAGAUGGGGGCGCCUCAGAGCUCAGCGAGGCCCAGGGGCAGCUGGAGAGGCAGGUUGUGCGUCUGGCGGACGAGUACCCGCUCUUCAGCCUCUACUUGUGGAGGAUCGGAGCCCUGCUGAAGCCAGAUGUCUCCACCGCUGUGUCGCCAAACGCUGUGGACUGAUUUCAGGUACCACCCACGUUCCAUUUCUCUCCAGAAACUCCAGGACUCUGGUGUGGGACCGGGGUUGUUGACACGACAAGAUAAGCAAGCAAGAGGACCGAUUGGCAUGACAGACUGUACAUUUUGAUGCAGUUUGUUAAUGAGACCCAAUCAGAUUGGGAAGCUGGGGAUGUAUUGACCUUUGAAGCAUUCCAGGCUUUCCUACAGGUAUGUUAACAGUGCUUGUGUGUCAAGACAGAUGUAGGAAACUAAUGUCAACUAAUGUUAAGCACUCAGUCUGGUUUGUCAGAGAAUACAUUUGCAGUGAUUGUCAUACGUAAGUAAUCCUAGAUCAAUUUUGGCCUGAUACUUGUUUUUGAUUUGUCAAAUCAGUAAUCCAGACAAUCAGACAAAAAUCACACAAAAUAUGUUGGGCUCUUUCAGAGAUUUUAUCUUUAUUUGAAAUGGCAAUUCCUUUGGAAUAAAUUCUCCCUUUUACAUAUUUUGUUUUAGAUGUAUUAGUUUUUGUCAAAAUCACUACUGAGUCAUUCAUCUGAAUGUGUGUUAUCAACCCUUCAUUUGCAAGUAUAUUUUUCCACAGAGAUACACACACUUAACUUUGUUAUUUGCACUAGCCUUCAUCCAUUAAAAGUAAUAUUAUGGUUCAAUCAGUAAAAUCACCUGGCCAAAUAUCAUUUCUAAUUUUUCAAAUGCUACUGGAACAAUACAAUUUGUACUUGACUAGCCUAUCUGUGGCA